AUGCAUAGGUAUAUAGAUGAACUGGCCCCCGUAUAUAUUGUUUUUCGUACGCCUCUUGUAGAGGAAGAUGUUUUGAAGUCAUACCUCGCGAGGCUGGCAGUCAAUGUGGAUGCAUUUGCUUUCAGUACUGCCCCUUCAUCAGAGCAAGACGCCAAGACUCCACCGCCAAAAGAGCAGAUAUAUGGCGAGACUAUCAAACCCUCCACAGAACCUGUCAUUGUUCGUCAUGAAGACGGUACACCAUACACUUAUGUCAUUUGGAGGAUAGAAGUAUUUAUAUGUCGCCCGCGAGGACGUUUUCACAAACCGGCCAUAUAUUUCCAACCCACGGCCUCAAUGAAACCUGCCGAGCGACCUGAGAGAAGCAUCGUGGAUGAUGAGUACUUACCGAGUGGCAUGCCUGCGGCAUUGAACCUUCUCCAAUCGUUUGAAAGCGAUCCAGCUCUGGCCGGCAUCAACCCUCGACUCUCGGCAUUGAGAAUCAACAAGAUCGCGCCUUCUACACCCGUGUACAGAGAAAUGACCCGACCUAUACGAACUGGACACCGACGUCUGUUCCGGGCCCUGCCGGCUCUGAUUUGGCGGAUACGAUAUUCCAAGAUCCAAGCUUCCCUGAGCCACCUAUCACUGAUGGCAGCGCUGGAUCUCGAAGUUGCUUAUAUCACGGCUUAUCGCAUCAACAUCCAGGAGAUUAGCCUCUCCUUGGAAGGAGGAGACGUUACAGUCAUCACCGGUCUCGACGACUCCUCUCUAGUGCAUAAACCUGGAGACCAGUUGACCUAUCUCUACAAGAUCACCCCAGAACUUGGUGCAGAUGGUACGCCGAUUUUCGGCAAAGAAGGACAUAUUCUGGGCCUUAACAUCAAAGCAAACGUACUCGUGUCGGAAGGCUGCCAGCCAGUCGUCAACAUCGCGUGGCACACAGCCGUCGAUUUCAUGUCAGACCAUAACACGAAUCUGAUCAAAGCAGCGCAUCGAUUAAGCACAGCAAGCAAUACUAGCGUUCAACAACGCAGAUCUGUCGGCCCAGACUCGCUCCCAGCCCCCGACGCUGGCGAAGGAAACUUUGACAGAGCCAUUCAGGUCACAUUCACCAUCUCAGGACCACCAAAAGUGCAAGUUGGCGAAACGUUUGUAUGGAAAGCUUUCAUUUUCAACCGGUCGGACAGGACGAGGCAGUUGGCGGUUUUGGUACUGCCAAAGAGGAAACGCGACAUGCACAGAUCCCACCCUUCGACAUCGUCGGCGGGAGGGCGUCACGGUGACAGCAAAGCUCUGCUUGCCAACGCGGUGGAGGACGAGAAUUUUGUUUACGCAAAACAAAAGGGUGCCAGGUUGGAGGCUGCGGACCUGGUGUGCUUAACGACCGAUAUUCGGAUAGGACACUUAGUACCGGGAGCAUGUUACACGGCAGAUAUCAAAUUCAUAGCACUAAGCGCCGGGGUACUUUCGGUGGAAGGAUUGCGUAUCAUCGACCUGGCGACAAAUGAAACUAUCGAUAUCCGCGACCUGCCUGCCGUGGUCGCUGCGGGCAAGGAGGGCGGCAAAUGA